AUGGCAGACACUACCACCACCAAAUACACCAACCGCGACAUCCCCCGUAUCUCCCUCCGAGACUUCGACACCCGCAUCGACAAAAUCACCGCAUCCCUAAUCUCCGCGGCCGAAAGCAACGGAUUCUUCACGCUAACCGACCACGGGAUCCCCUCAUCCGCGAUAGAAGCGCAAUUCGCGCUCUCCGAGGCCUUCUUCUCGCUCCCAGACGCCACCAAAUCCACCGUCCCCUUCUCCCCGCUCGCCAACACCGGCUGGGAGCGCGCCGCCCAAGUGCGGCCCAGCACCGGCCUCCCGGAUCAGAAGGAGAGCUUCCAGAUGCAGCACGGCAUGGCGGCGUCGUCCUGGCCGUCCGAGUCCGCGCUCCCCGGGUUCCGCGCCCGGACCCUCGCGUUCAUGCGCUUGGCCCAGGAGGUCAGCGAGAAGCUGAUGGUGUGUUUUGCGCGCGGGCUCGGGUUCGCGGACGAGUACUUUGUGCGCGCGCACGAUGUGCGACGGCCCGGCGCGCAGACCGUCUUGCGGCUGCUCAAGUACUUUGCGCUGGACCCCGGGGCGCCGACGCCCGAAGGGUAUCACCGCGCGGGCGCGCAUGCGGAUUGGGAUUUUGUAACGUUGCUGUUCCAGCGGCCUGGGCAGGGCGGGUUGGAGAUAUGUCCGGGGCGCGAGGCGUUUACGGAGUUUGGCCUGGGGGACACGUGGACGCCGGUUGAGCCUGUGGCGGGCGAGAUCGUGUGCAAUAUCGGUGACCUCCUAAUGAGUUGGAGCGACGACCGCUUCAAAUCCACGUUCCACCGCGUCAAGACGCCGACAGACCCAAAAGUCGAUUACUACGGCACGCGGUACAGCAUGGCGUAUUUUAACCAGCCGAACAUAGACUGCGAGAUCCAAGGCCCGCUGAAGAAGUACCCAGUAGUGACGGGAUCAGAGUUCACUAAGGCCGCUAUGAAACGAAAUUACGAAGCUUUACAGGCGACGAAGGCGGCAAUGGUAAAUAGUAUUGCAUGA